UGAAACGUGUUUCCCUCGGUCUACACCGGACGGACCGGAUCGCUGUUUUUUUUUUUUUUUUGCAAAGGAAUGUCGCUAUAACGUUGCUGCGAGGAUGAUGGAUGUCUGACAAGAACAUUACGGAGGGAGGAAAAGGACCAAAAUGUCGGUGAAAGAGUAUUUGCUGCUCAAGAAACUACUUGUGUGAUGGAUCAUUGGCCUGCACAAAGAUCAUGGCUGUCCUGAAUGCUGCAGACUCCUCCUUCAUUUUCCACUACUUGAUGAAUGAACCACAGUAAAGGUGACACUGUAACGCCGCAAUGACCACUUCUGUCUCCAGCCAUCUGGCAAAAACACCACAAAUUUAAUCGAGCAGCUCAGAGCCUGCGUGCCCGCUGCCCUCAAGCCGCACCGGUUGCACCUUUCAGUUUGCCGUCGCACAAGGUGCCGUCAACAUGUUUUCGGCGUUGAAAAAGCUGGUGGGCUCGGAGCCGGGCCAGCUCCGGGACAAGAACAUCCCCGCCGGCCUGCAGUCCAUGAACCAAAGUUUGCAGAGACGCUUCGCUAAGGGGGUGCAAUAUAAUAUGAAAAUCGUCAUCCGGGGAGAUCGAAACACUGGGAAGAGCACUUUAUGGUAUCGACUGCAGGGCAAGAAGUUUGUGGAGGAGUACCUUCCUACCCAGGAAAUCCAAGCCACAAGUAUCCACUGGAACUACAAAAUGGCUCCGUAUCACGCUACAGAUGACGUGGUCAAAGUGGAGGUGUGGGACGUGGUGGACAAAGGCCAAAAAUAUCCUGUUGAUGAAGGUGUAGGCAAAGGCAAAAAGCGAGGCGACAAUCUGAAACUGGAGAACGAGCCGCAGGAGUCGGACGAGGUGGCCCUUGAUGCGGAGUUCCUGGACGUGUACAAGAACUGCAACGGAGUGGUCAUGAUGUUUGACAUUACCAAGCAGUGGACAUUUAACUACAUCGUAAGAGAACUUCCCAAAAUACCUACUCACAUACCAGUCUGUGUGUUGGGGAACCACAGAGACAUGGGAGAGCACCGAGUCAUCCUGCCUGACGAUAUCAGAGAACUGAUCGCCGGACUGAACAGGCCAGUGGGCUCAUCGUACAUCCACUAUGCUGAGUCUUCCAUGAGGAACGGCUUUGGCCUGAAAUAUCUGCACAGGUUCUUCAACAUCCCCUUCCUGCAACUCCAGAGAGAAACCCUCCUGAGGCAGCUGGAGACCAACCAGUUGGACAUCGACGCCACCCUGGAAGAGCUGACUGUGCAGCAGGAGACCGAAGAUCAAAACUAUGAGAUCUUCCUGGAGCACCUGGAGUGCCGCAGUAAAGGCUACGGCUCGCCGGGUCCUGCCAACGGUCAAAGUCCCUCCUCGGGCUCCCAGUCCCCCGUCGUCCCUCCAAGCGGGGCGUCCACAGGAAGCUCCAGUCCGAGCACACCUCAGCCCCCGGCGUCCUCACAGGCGCCCCCACAGUCGCCUUCCGUGUCCGCCCCCUCGGCUUCGGCUCUGGCCGCCGCCAUCGGUCGGGCGGCCUCGCCGUCAGCUGAUGUGAAGUCAGCCGCUCAGUCACCGGAGCACCUUCAGUCCGCCGCCGCCGCACCAGCGCCAGCCCCCCAGAAACGUGGCUUCAUGUCCCGCUGGUUUGGCUCGUCUCCUGCCCCCGAGGCUCCUGUUAGUGCAUCGGAGGACCCGCCUGCUCCAGUGUGUCCUGCUGUCGUGCGAAGUGUGGACGACUUUGUGCCAGAAGAGCGACUGGACAAGAGUUUCCUAGAGGACAGUUUGCCCUCAAAGACCAAGACGCGUCAGCCAGUCUCAGCCUUGGACAGCGACAGUGACGGUGAAGGCAGAGGGAACCCAAUGGUGUCUGCUUUCCAGGAUGAGCUUGAUCCUGACGACACAGAGUCCAGUCUUCCACAAGCUCCAACGCUGCCACAUAGCAAAGACAUCUCUCUGUCCAGUGAGGACGAGGAGAAGGAGCGAGCACCAGCAGCAACAACUGUGAAAAAGGACCAGGAAUUUGACAGUGAACCAGAACUCAAAGCCCACAUCAGACAACCAAAAGGAUCUAAAGCUUCAGAGCCCAGAAAGCCGACUUCAGCGCCCAUCUUCCUCACUCUAACUCCAACAUCAGAGCAGCAAGGCAAGAAGAUGGGAAUCUCACCUACGGCUGAGGACUCUGACACAGACCCCGAGGUUCCAGUGGCCCAACAGAUGCUCUCUUUUGUAAUGGAUGAUCCUGAUUUUGAGUCAGAAGCAUUCAACACACCCAAAGUAGAAAAGACUACAUUCCCAGUCGGAGAUGGACUUCUGUCUGACCUCUCAGAUGAUGACACGCAGCCGUCGAAGGUGCCAGAACCUACAAAGCCCGCAGUGAUCUCCUUCAAGCACAAGGAUGAUACAGACCUUUUUGGCCUCGGCAUUCAAGAAGAGCCCUCAGCGACCAAAGAGAGCAGCGAUGAGCAAGAAGAUAAAGAAAGCAAGCAUGCGUCCAAAGACAAGAAGAAGAAGAAGAAGAAGAGCAAAGAGGAGGACGAGAAGAUCAAGAAACACAAACACAAGAAGAAGGAAAAGGAGGAGGCUGGAGAGGGCAAGGAGAAGAAGAAGAAGAAAGCGAGGACCAAGAAAACCGACGUGGACGAGCUGGAAGACUUUCUAGGAGGAGGAGCCAAAUCGUCCACAAGAGAUGACGGGGAUUAUGAAGAGCUCUAAAGUGAGGGAUGGAUGGCAUCUCCAAGGCCCACAUGAUGCUGUGCUCUUUGCUCUCACCUGUAAGGUAACAUUCAUUCCUCUGCUACCAAAUAACCACUCCAACAUGACGCAGCUUUCACCACAGACGGACGCUCCAUGUGGCCGCCUUGACGGGCCUGCGGACUGUGGGGGGUGGGGGGGUGGUCCACCUUUUCAGACUUAAGGCAGAUCCUGCUUUCCGUAUAGGGUGGCUUCUGGACCCAACAGCCAGUUGUGGAAGUCUCCCAUGAAAAAGUCCACUCGCUACACCAAUCUUCUUUUAAAACUCUUUUUGACACCUGUUAUGUGGUGCGUUUGAGGACUGCCAAACAAAGUGGGACAUUGCGACGCUUAGAGAAAUAAUAUCAGUGAAGCAUGAAAACAUGUUAAACUUGUAUGAAGUGUUUUUAAGUUAUUACUAGUGACAAGUAUAUGACGCCUCAGCGAGUGUGUGGCACACGCACUACCUGCAUUGACGCCACACUGAUACUGUCUUUGCUGUUUCAUAAAGGUGCCCGAUUAAAACUCACAAUGGACCUACCAAUGACUUAAAUAAAAGGGACCAAUUGGGAAAUCUGGGCUCAUUUUGAUUUUAUAGCACCAAAUAAGGUAAAUGUUAUUGUUUUCCAGUUUACUUUUUCAGGCUUUCAUUUUCCUUCCUGCAUGGCUAUUUGUUUUAAAAGAACUAAUUAAUUACAUUUGCUACCUAGUAAUAGUUUUAAUCCAGCAGUGCAGUUUCAAUACAGCCGGUGAGUGUGCCACUUACUCAAUUAGGCGUCAUUUAGCCAUCACUGUAUAUUGACACUCAUCGAAUUGCUUUUAGCUUGUCUUUACUGUAAAAACAAUGUCUUCAAGUGCAUUUUUAUGUCAGCCACUCUCGUCGCUAACACUUUUUACAACCCCGCUAUAGGAGAUCCACGCUGUAACGAAGAUUAGCAUUUAUUUCUUACUUCAUUUUUAGGGGGUUGGCGUAACGAACUGUAAUGUGCUAUCACUCGUCGACGGUUACAUUUGUGUGUGUGUGUGUGUGUGUGUGUGUGUGCGUGUGUGCGUGCGUGCGUGCGUGCGUGCGUGCGUGCGUGCGUGCGUGCGCGUGCACACUUUAACCCAAGUUUUUGGAUGCGAUCACUCCUCCGCAUGCGUUACAGAAGACGGAUGAUAAAUUGUAAAUGUAGAGACUAUGGAGGUUCGUUUGUGUUUUUUAAUUAUAUGACAGCUUUUUUUUUUACGCUGAAUUUACCUGAAUUACUUGCGGUUGAAUUUUGUGAACUGAAUUUGUUUUACCUAUAAUUAUGCUGAUAAUUUCAUCAAAUAUGCGAGUAAAAUGGGUGUUUAAAAAUUCAGUUUGUUAAAAUUGUGUUUUAAAAUACAAUGUCAAAAUUCUAUGUAAAAGAAUUUAGUGUUAAAACAAUUUGUAUACAUUUUUUUGGGGUAAAAACCUUUCAGUGUAAAAAAGAUUUAGUGCAGGAAAAUUUUGUGUAAAAAAAUAAUUUCACCAUUUGGUGAAAAAAUUAUUUAGUGCAUAUAAAGUCAGUUAAAAAAAAUCAGUGUAUAAGUUUUUUGCUAAAAUAUUUAAUUUAAAAACAAUUCAGUUCACAAAAAUUCAGUGCAAAAAGAAAAUCAGUGAAAAAAAUAGUUAAUACCUAAAAAUUCAGUAUAUAAAAUCAAAUGCAUAAAAAUUUAUCGGAAAAAAAUGAGUGUACAAAAGUUUUUGGCAAAAUUAUUUAUUUCAAAACCAAUUCCGUUCAUAAAAAAAUUUGUGGGAAAAAAAAAUCUGUGUAUAAAAGUUAAGUGUAAAAAAUAUCUAAUACCAAAAAAUUCAGUGUAUAAAAAUCCAUUGCAAAUAAAAUCAAUGUUUAAAAAUACAGUCCAUGUAAAAAAAAACAGUCCAUAAACAAUUUAGUGUGAAAACAUUCAGUGCAAAAAAAAUCAGUGUAUAACAUUUCUUUGCUGAAAUAUUUAUUUUAAAAACAUUUAAGUGCUAAAAAAAUCAGUAUAUAAAAAAAUCAUUGUAAAAAAUAUUGAAUGCCUAAAAAUUUGGUGCAAAAAAAUUUGAUGUAUAAAAAUACAGUCCAUAAAAAUCCAGCGUUUAGAAAUUCAGUGACUAAAACAUUCAUUGUAUAAAAAAAAUCAUUGCAUAAAAGAUUUAGUGUGAAAACAUUGAGUGUAUAGAAAUUCGGGGCGAAAAAAUCAGUGUAUGAAAUUUUUUUGCUAAAUAUUUAUUUUAAAAACAAUUCAGUUCAUUAUAAUUCAGUGCAAAAAAUAUUUAAUGCGUAAAAAUUCAGUGUAUAAAACAUUCAGUCUAUUAAAGAAAUCAGUGCAUAAAAAAUUAACUGAAAACAUUGAGUGUAUAAAAAUUCAGGGCAAAAGAAUCAAUGAAUAAUUUUUUUUUGCAAAAAUAUUGUUUUUAAAAACAAUUCAGUUCAUAAAAAUUCAGUGCAAAAAAUAUUUAAUGCGUAAAAAUUCAGUGCAAAAAAAUUCAUUGUAUAAGAAUAUAGUCCAUAAAAAUGCAGUGUAUAAAAUUAAGUAUGAAAUAAUUCAGUGUAAAAAAAAAAAAUUCUGUGCUUCGAGAUGUAUUUGCUGUUAAAUUAAGACUGAGGAAAUUGAUCAUGUUUGAGAACCAGCCACUGAGCUGCUUUCGUCUUAAAUUCCCAAAAGUGAGUUUUGAAGCAACACAUUUUCCUACACAGAAUAUUUUUUGGCGCAAAUAUGAUUUUACACUGGAUUUGUAGAUGACAAUUUUUUUUACAUUGAAUUUUUUAUUCAAUGAAAUUUGACGUAAAAAAAAAGGCAGUUGACAAAAGUCCUAGACAAAAAAUAGGAUCAGAUAAAUGGAGUGUGCUGUAAUAAAGGCCCAAAUGAAGCUGUCAUGUAAAUAAGAUGUUUUCUUUGUUGAAUCUAACAAUAAUAUAACAGUACUGUCAUGUAAAACAUCUUUUUUCUGUCCUCGUGAUGCUUGUCCUCGUCUUUGUGUGACAUUUUUACCCAGCUUUUUUCCAUCCCAAUUUACUGGUCAUUUUUGCCUGGUUCCUGUGAGAAUCCUGCGUGUGACUGAAAGCAUUUAGAAGCGAGUGUUGGUUAAUUUACCCGGGACUCAAAUGACCAGCAGGUAAUACUGUAUCAUCGCUUUCUCUUUUGGACUCAUCGUUGCGUCAACAUGGUUCUUCACUCACGCUCGAAGUGGGAGAGGAAGCAAAAAGCUAUUCAACUAAUGUUCUCUUUUAUUUGAUGUCAAUUAAAGACACAACUUCACCAUCAA